AUGGCUCCGAACCACGAUCCUCUCACCACUGCCUCGCUGGUGGCUAGGAUUCCCCGUGGGCCGCCCAGCCCCAGCCAGCCGCGCUUCGGGGUGCGCGCUGCCAUGUGGGGGUCCCCGCUCCACGCCCGCGCGCUCAACGUCGGAGCGUUGAUCGAGUGCGCGCAGCCCUUGGUCGUCGCUGGCCCUGGCGUCGGGAGGAAGGGGGAUCCCCCAACCGUGCGGCCUGAGCCCUGGGCGGCCGCCCGCGGGAGUCUGACGCUCGGGCCGGAGCCGCCCCGGAUCCCCCGGCGCUCCCCGGGCCGCGGAGGGUCGGCGAUGGGCGCGGCGCGACGGCCCUGGCCGGUGGUGCUGGGCCUGGCGCUGCUGCUCCCCGCCGCGCUGGGCGAGGACGCGCUCAUCCGCCCGGACGGGGGCUUCGAGUCCGCCGAGAUCACGGUGCCCGUCCCGGUCCCGGAUCCAGUGGAGGCGCGGCGGCCGGGCGGCGCGGCGGGGCCUCCCGCGGCCUAUGCCCUGCGGCUGGGAGGCCGGGAGUGCGUCCUCCUCUUGCGGCCCCGGCGGCCGCCGCUGCCCAGGCUCCUGCCCGUGGUGCACUUCGCGGAGAGCGGGGAACCGGUGGAGGAUUACGCGUCCCUGCCCGGCGACUGCCACCUGGCGGGCUCGGUGGACGGCGCGCUGGACUCGGGGGCCACCGUGAGCACGUGCGCGGGCGGCCUGCGCGGCGUCGUCCGCCUGGGGUCCGACCACUACCAGAUCCAGCCGCUGGGCGGCGCCGGCCCCGAGCACGUGGUGCGCCGCCUGCGGCGGGUCGCUGCGGACCCGCGGGGCUGCGGCUUGCCGGGCGGCCCGGGCAGGGCGGGCGCCCCGCCGCCAGCGCCCCCGCGCGGCGCGCCUGGGGACUACUUCGCCGCCUACAAGCACCCGCGGUCCCUGGACCUGGUGCUGGUGUUCGACCGGGACCGCCUGGGCCUGGCGCACGGCAACCUCUCCCGCGUGGUGACGGACGCGGCGCUGCUGACCGCCAUCGUGGACACCUACUUCCAAGACGUCGGCCUGCGGGUGCGGCUGGCGGGCCUCGAGCUGUGGUCGGGGCGGAACCGCAUCGACGUGGGGCCGGGCUCCCUGGCCGAUGUGCUGGGCCGGUUCCUGCUGUACCGGGCCACCUCGCUGCAGCGGCGGCUCCCGGGCGACUGGGCGCACCUGUACGUGAGCCGCGCGUACGCCGACGCGCGCGCCUGGUCGUGGGGCCGGGUGUGCGGGGGCCCGCGGGCCGGCUCUGUCAGCACGCUCGCCGAUGCCGACGUGCUGACGGCCGCCACGUGGACGGCGCAUGCGCUGGGCCACGCGGUGGGCAUGGCCCACGACCGGGCACCCUGUCGAUGCCGGGGCGGCGACGGCGGCUGCGUGAUGGGCGCGGGCCGCGCCGGCUUCAGCGACUGCAGCUACGGCGACUACCUGGCGUUCGUGUCGCGGGGGGCCGCGUGCCUCACGGCCGCGCCCAGGCCCGUCGCCGCCUCCCCCGCGCCGCCCGGGCCGCGCUGCGGCAACAAGGUGGUGGAGGGCUGGGAGCAGUGCGACUGCGGGUCGGCGGGCGAGUGCCAGCGCGACCCCUGCUGCCAGCCCAGCUGCCGCCUGGCGCCCGGCGCCGCCUGCAGCUCGGGGCUGUGCUGCCGCCGCUGCCGCCUGCGGCCCGCCGGACACCUGUGCCGCGAGGAGGAGAGCGAGUGCGACCUGCCCGAGUACUGCGACGGCGCCUCGCCGCGCUGCCCCGCCGACACCUACAAGCUGGACGGGACGCCGUGCCACCACGGGGGCCAGUGCUUCGGCAAGGCCUGCCGCUCCCGGUACAUGCAGUGCCAGAGCCUCUUCGGGCCCGGCGCCCGGGACGCGCCCCGGCGCUGCUACGAGGCGGUCAACGUGGUCGGCGACCAGUACGGGAACUGCGAGAUCCGCGGCGUGGCCAGCUACCGGGCGUGCCCCCGGGCGGACGCCGUGUGCGGCCGGCUGCAGUGCGUCGGGGUGGGCGGCGUGCCCGUCCUGCCGGAGCACACGCUGGUCAUCGCCACGCGCCUGCGGGACGACAACCUGGUGUGCUGGGGCACCGGCUACCACCUGGCCAUGCGGCCCCUGGGCAUCCCGGACGCCGGCGCGGUCCCCGACGGCGCCCACUGCGGAGACCGGCGCGUGUGCGUGGGGAGGACCUGCGUCAACCGCACGGCCCUGGCGGGCUGCGCCUGCAACGGCCGUGGGGUGUGCAACUCCGCCCGGCACUGCCACUGCGUCUACGGCUGGGCGCCGCCCUUCUGCGAGGAGCGGGGCUUCGGAGGCAGCGUGGACAGCGGGCCGCCGGGCCCCACGGAGGCGGCCGUGCCCUCCAACGUCCAGGCCGCGCUGCUCCUGCUGCUGCGCCUCGUGCUCUUCGCCGUCACCGUGCUGGUGGCGCUGUCCCAGCAGGCGAUCAUGCAGUGCUUCUCGCCCUGA